AUGCGAUCACGAAGUUCAGGUUACGGCAAUCACGUGCUUCUGAGCUACACUGAGUUACCUAUUCUACAGUGGCCAGUGGGAAAAUUUGUCUCGAGUAAUGAUUUUAAUCAUCUCUGUGUCCUCCAUCCUGACCGUCUUGUUGUGUACACAAUCUCUGUGACCGCGGGUCAGGCUGGCCAUGGUGACCACACCCGCCUCACCAUCGCCUACCAACACAAACUCCAGCGGAAUGCCCACUCCAUGAUUACAGGUCCUUUUGGAGGUGUAAAGGGCAAAGACUACAUUGCUGUUCAGUCACUUGAUGGUUGCAUCACAGCUUUUGAACAAGAAAGUUUUGCAUUCAACAGUUUUCUCCCAGGGUUUCUACUGCCAGGACCUAUAGCUUAUGUUGCCAAGUCUGAUGUCAUUAUUACAGUGUCCUCAGACUGGUGCCUUCAGUGUUUCAAAUAUCAGGCUGUGGCCGUAGCGACCGAUCCCGAGAAAGACAUUGGCAGUAGCAGCGGCAGCAGUAAAGGUGGAAAGCGACUGGUGCCUGAGUGGACACAGCAGCUUGGUGAAGCAGCUUUGGAUCUUUGUGUGUUAUCUCCUGCAGAAGGACCUACAAGUCUUCUUGUCCUGGCCCACCACGCCGUCUUUUGCUUCAAGGAGUCCGGAGUUCUCAAGUUUGUUAAAAAGCUUGAGUACAACCCAUCCUGUUUCAUGGCCUUCAUUGUUGACAAUUACGUGCACGUGUGUGUUGCGAGCCACACACAAAACUUACUGGUAUAUCGGGAGUCAGAGUUGAAGUGGGCUUCACAGUUACCUUUUACUCCAGUUGCUAUUGCUCGUGCCAGCUUUCCAGGCCAGCGAUUCUUAAGGGGCAUUACUGGAGCGCUUGUCUUGCUUGGAGAUACCGGCCACCUUCAGGUUUCAUAUCUGGGGACUGAUCCAUCGUUUUUCGUGGCUCCUCCGGCAGAAACGCGUGAGAUAAACUACGACCAGACAGAUAAGGAACUAUCUCAGCUACAUAAAAUUAUUAAGGCUUCAACAAAAGACACAGGGGCAUUGGUAAGCAUGAAUCGAGGUGAGAGCGACCUCCUGGUAUCUGCGACAGUGGGAACACAGCUGGAAACAUGGACAGGGAACACCCGUGUCCAGAAUCCUGAUGGCGGGGUUCCUGCCGUGCCUGUGGUAGUGCGGCUCACAGCUCACACACCACUCAACAAUGUCAGAGUCAACAUUGCUGUGGAGAAACCUCUCGGUGUUACUCAAGACACGUUUGUUCUGCGUACAAUAUGUGACUCAAGCCAAAUCAUGGUGAAGUUCUACUUUGAGGAGCCUUAUAUACCUACCAGCCUCUCUGUGAGCCUCAUCACCUCUUAUGUAACACAUACGGGUAUGCCACAAAUUAUCACAGUGAAUCUGGAGCUUCCAUUGCAACUUGUGGUAAAGCCUAGCAUGCCAACCAAGGAGGGGGACCAUAAGAUCACCAUCUCUACUAACAAGGAUGCUGUCAACCUACCAGAGUUAUUUCCUGAUUUGACAUCAGACUCCAGCGUAGGAACAGCACUGGGCUUUCAAUAUUAUAGUGGAGCUGACAUAACUAUCCUCUCUUCCCGCACCACUAACAGAUAUCGUCUGCAGUCAGACAGUCUACCAGCUAUAUGGGUUGUCCUGAAUGAACUUAUUCGUCGCUUGAAGAGGUACUGGAACCAUCCCAGUCAUCGUGACAGUGAGGGGCUGGUAUUGGGCGUUGCAUCGUCAAUUCCCACACACGAACUUUUCUUCGAGAUUGAUGCCCAUUUUUUGCGCAGGAAAAAACAUCGGGACUUAGAAGCCCAGCUGAUUCAACGAGAAAACCCCAGUUUCGUGCUUUUCCAGCGUCGUCUCCUCACCAAGUUUAAGGACAAGACUCCAAAAACCACUGCCAACUUAGACAACCUUCUGGAAGGAACUUACAAGCAAAUUUUACAAAUCACAGAUGCCAUUAAUGAUUAAUAAAAAGGGGCCCCAGAGGAAGAUUUUUGCCAACUGAGCUGUGUGGGGGGUGGUGUGGGUUUGCGUCUUCAGACGCGUGCCAGAUCAUCGUAUGCCCUGCUAAGUGCUGCCCUCUCACCCCUGGGCCACCUCUCAAUGGAUCAGGGCUGGGAGGAGAUAACUGAUGCCAGUGUGACCUUCCUCUUGAGAACUAUGCUGGGUAGAGGUCCUCGUGAUGCUGUGUCAGUCCCUGAGUUGACUGUGCCAUCUGACACGAAUAAGCUGAAAAAACAUUUGGGUCUACUGUUGGAUAAGGUGACCAAAGGCAGAGUCCAACUCAGCCUUGAUACUCCAGCUCCUCCAAACACUACAGGUAAUUUGGACUCUCCCAUUCUGAGUCCAGGAAUAACUACCCUUUCCACCCAGUGUCUCUCCUAUUGCAAAAUGUCUCAGUAA